GUGAUCGACCAAUCGAUGCUAUACUUCAGCCGCCUAUGAUAUGGUUCUUAUUGGGGCGAAACUAAAUAUCUAGAGACAUGAAAAUUCCACCUGUCCAUUCAAUUGUCAGAAUGAGUGGCUAAUAGAUAUCAACCCCCCAACCUCAGUAAGCGCUUGAGAUCCGUCUUAUUCUUAUUUGAAGAAAAUCUCGUUACGUCAGGCUCAUUAUUUUCAAGAAAACCCCUUUCAACCAUUUCUAUCAGAAACUCAUAUUUUAUGGCGUCCAAACAUGGCAGUGCCAGAAUCAGAGUGCAAUUACCUCCCCAUUGGUGAUGGCGACCAUGAAACGCCCCAGCAGCCCAAGUUUCGUAUACGAUUUGGGAAACCCUUUGGUUUUAUCUUCAUCAUAGUUCAAAUUGUUGAGCUUUCUGCCAUCUUGCUUUUGACUGUAUCUCUACACCAAGCUCGGCAAGAUAUACCUCGUCCAUACCUGGCCCUACAUGAUUAUGCAAAAACGGUUGACUUCGACGUGAUCUUCCACCACGAAGACAUUGAUGCCAGAAUUUACAAUCACACCUUUUGGAGAAGCUUCAUUCCCGAUUCAGGAGGUAUCGUGUCAAUCCCUUCAACCAGCACUAUAGUCCCGAACCAAGCGACUAUGUCCUCGCCACUUGACAGCAGUCACUUGCUGUACCAAGUGAGCGUUUUUCACAGCCUGCACUGUCUGGAAGCGGUGAAAUGGGCUCUUACAGGAGAGGGAGAUAAGUAUAAUCUUCCCGACUUGAGGACGGUACAUGCUCCGCACUGUAUCGAUUGGAUCAGGCAAGAGCUCAUGUGCAAUGCGGACUUGACGCUGAACACGAUGUAUCAAGAGAUUACAGUACCUCAUAAGUGCCGUGACUUUGAUCGCAUACUUGACUGGACAAAGAAGAACUCAUUCAACGGGUCUCUAGAUAGCAUUGGGUUGCACAGCUCACAGAGCCACGAUGGUAGUUGAGAAUACGGACAAUCCCAUUGGAGGUAGGGUUAGGCAGGCCUCAGAUAAUAUGUAAAUUUAUCGCUAGCAGACUCUACAAUGAUACAUUAGAUAAUUCAAAUACUGGGCAAGACACAGCUUUCACUCUCAUGUCUACUCUCAUGUCUAUUCACUCCAAGGUUCUGAAAGUUUUCCCUAUAGUGAAACAUCAGCAGCAGCU